ACAUUGAUAAAUCAUCUACCUCAAAAUUGAUAAAUCUACACACAGAGAGAGUUUGUAAUUCAUUUAUUUCUGAAAAAUGGAGAAAGUUGGCAAAAGAUUGGCAGUUCUAGUUGGCUGCAACUAUGAAAACACAAAAUACAGGUUACAUGGAUGUCACAACGAUGUUUUAGCCAUGAGAAAAGUGCUCGUAAAUCGAUUCGGGUUCGAUUCACAGCACAUUGAACUGAUCAUGGAUAAAUCAGGCAGCCUUGUGAUGCCCACUGGAGCUAAUAUCAAGAAGGCACUUAACAAAAUGGUUGAUGAAGCUGAACCAGGGGAUGUUUUGUACUUCCAUUUUAGUGGACAUGGAACAUUGACUGGAAAAAAGAAGCAAGAAGAAGCUAUCAUUCCAGUUGAUUUCAAUUAUAUUACUAAUGUUGACAUUCGAAAAAUUGUGAAUCGCGUACCAGAAGGAGCAACUUUCACCAUCCUUUCAGAUUCUUGCCAUAGUGGAGGCCUAAUUGACAAAGAGAAAGAGCAAAUUGGACCAUCUCAUCACAAGCCCAAAUAUCAAGAAGAGGGAAAUAAUAAUAACAACUACGCUUCCUUCCCAAACAAAUUGGGAUCGACAUCACAAUCUUAUUACAAGCGCAAAUUCAUCCCUCACGAAACUGUCUUGGAACAUCUCACAUCCUUAACAAACAUAAGCACCUUAGAUAUUGGAUCACACAUGUUACAACUCUUUGGAAAUGAGGCUAGUGUUCUGUUUUCUUUGCCUCAAGUGGAGUUAGAUUUGUUGAAACCUCUUAAACAAGAUGAGGGUAUUUUGCUAAGUGGAUGUCAAGCUAAUGAAACAUGUCAAGAUGUAGGGGGAGGCAAUGAGAAUGAUGAAAAAUCUUAUGGGGCAUUUAGUCAUGCAAUAUUAAUUGUGUUGAAGGAAAAUUGUGGUCCUCUUAGUAAUAAAGAGUUGGUGUUGAAGUCUAGGGAUGUUUUGAAAAAUGAUGAACAUAUUGUGACUCAACAUCCUUGUCUCUAUUGUAGUGAUGAAAAUGCUCAAGCAGUUUUCUUGAGUCAAGGUUAAGGUCAAAUGCUAUUAUAAUGUAAUUGAUAUAUCAUAAUUAUGACGAUAAUGAUGAAAUAAAAAAAUAAAAUUUAUGCA